GAGUGUAUGGUGUGUUGUGUUCAGCGGUCUGGAUGUGGGAGUGGACCAACCUGAGUCUCCUGUUUCGUUGACAUUCAUAGCACCAUUAUUUUUCACAAUUCAGUUUGUUUGAAGGUACUUUCUUAACAAGUACCCUUUCACAGUAUUUUGUAUUGUGAGGCGUUUUGUUUAAGAUUUGACGCAUAUUAUGCGCCCGCUGAAGUUAGUGGGCGUUUGUUGUCACAGAAAUAUCUCCAAACAACAUUCGGUGUUGGACGUGCUUGAACUUGACAGGUAAUUUGAUUACCAAAGCAAGGUUCGAAAGAUCAAGUCAUUGACUUGUCAAAGUUGCUAUGUUUUUGCUAUAUGUGAACCAAUACUUGUGAAAAGUGCGUCGCACACAUUGUUAUUGUUUAAUACUUUAAUCAAUGAGUAAAACCGGAUUCCCAUAUAAUAUGGCAAAUACAUACAUGUAUUGCAAAAUAUGCAAAUGAUUGUAUGUUUGCUUGUCCGUGUUUCACAGUGUGUGUAAAACAAUUCAGUUUAUUUAGUGAGUUGUUGAACUUUACCAGGUGUGAAAUGUUAAUCUAUUCAUUACACUGAUCUUGAGUUUGGGUAAUCCAAAUUUAUUUUUGUCAUGAUGCGUCUCGAGAAUUCAUAUCUCGCCGGGCCUCUCGUGUCUCCUUUGCUGGAGAUACACAGGCAAGAGACAGAAGCCGGUAGUUCAGACAGCGAAACUCUGUUGCAGCAACAACAGCGCGAGCAACAACAGGACGAGGAGGUGUCACUGCCAAUCUCCAGUCCUUCUUCUGAAACUUCAGAAUUGAGUUCCGUAGAUGGCAACCUAACUUGUGCGCUACCUGGACCAAGGCCUCAGUUCGAGCAACAGGUGUUCAGUUCUGCGGCUUCUCUUGUCCUAAAUUCCAUUCCAAAUCCCCCUCCCAAUUCGAGUCCAAUGAUUCCAAAAGACACCGGGAAAACUGUCGAGAAUAUGACUUCUACGUGCGAUUUUUGUCUAGCAGAUAGAAACCUAGUCCAACAACCUCUCGACGAUUGUGUUGGGGAAAGAAUAUCUACUGCGACCAAAUUACCCGCUACCUGCAGCGAUGACUGUCAACAGAAUUUGGAGCAACGUUGGGACCCCAAGGCAAGCUUUUUGAAGGAGGUGACCUCGUUGCAAUGCGUUGAAAAACCAGAACUUGUCCGACAUCUGGACGGACGUCCCGCUGCGUCUAGCCUGCGUCAAGACAGCAUAAUUCCAGCUCAGCUCGAGCCACUGAGAAAUGAGGCAUUGAAGCCGCUGAACGAUGUUCAGCUCCGCCUUGAGGUUCUUCAGCGGAAGUUACGUGAACAGCGUGAAGCCGCUGAACGUGAGUGCGCGGAACUACAAGCUGCGUUGCGGCAGGAGAAACUUCAACCACUACCGGGUUGUCUUGAGGAGAAGUUCAUUGUACCUGAUGUCGCCGGCAUGAAAACGCCGGACCAGGAACUAAGAGAACUGGAAGCCAAGCUGAAAAUUGAUUUGAAUGUUUAUUUGACGCCUUUGGUGCGUAGACAAAGAAAUAAGCAUGCAUUGAGAUAUGUGCCUGAGGCUGAACUUAUCGAGUCAUUCUCUUCACUCAACAGUGAAGGUCAUUGUUGUUGCGGCUCUUGUAAAUUGUGCCAGACUCAUACAUCUGCUCAAGUACCCUUGGGCAUGACCCCGUACGGAGGAUUAUUGCAUAAGGAUACGAACUGCGUUAUUAAUCAAUUUACGAAUGGUCAAAUUAAUGCAAUCCCCACGUGCCCUGAUGAUGAAAAGCCCAAGUACGACAGGAAGAACCUAUAUCUUCAGUUGCACCGUAGUCACAACCACAGUAACGGAAACCAGAACAAACUGAAAGCUUCUUCAGCCCGUAAGAAUAUUUACUGGAGCGACCAGAACAACGGCAUGGCGAAGGAAAUUGACUAUGGCCAUCAAAAUCUAUGGCAAACCGACGACAUCUCUGACAAGAAAACUAGUUCGUCUUCUGAGGGCAGCUUGCAAUCCCUCGGUUUCUCCAAUAAGACUUACUCGCCUGUCUUUACUGCUUCCAAGUUCCUGCCCGGCUGCAGUUCCCCUGCUGUUGAAAAGUUUCCUUGCUUGAAUAACUCGUCUCCUCCCUUGCCCAAAGCAGAAGAAUUCUCCAGUGUAGAUGUCGCUGAUACGAGCGGUGCCGGAGAAUACGUACGCGUGCGCCAGAAGAAAGGCUUUGUGCCUAAACUCUACACCUGUAACUGCAGUAAUUGUUUGGAGCUGGAAGCGCUCGAGUGCUGCAAAUGGCUGAGAGCGGCAGGCUUUCCUCAAUACGUCCAGAUGUACGAAGGCAUGGAGUUUCCAGUGGACGUGGAAGGAGCACGUCGCGAUCACAGUUUCUUGAGCGAAGGCGAGCUGAACGCCUUCACCAAACGUAUCGUCACCCUCAACAAGUGUGCCAGGGUGCGCUUCGAUCACAGCACCGUUAAAAAGGACGAUGACUCAGACGACGAAGAGCAGCAGUGCGCGCUGAGCAGCAACUGGCACUUCGAGCGCAACUCCAGACGUUGGUCACGAGUGGGCGCUGAACCCGAAAGCAGAAUGCUGGACGUAGCAGCACCUCCCUUCAAGCGCUCGGGCUCUGAGCGUAUCAAGGACAGGGCCAAAGAGCUGCUCAGGAGAGUCGAGUCUAUGAACACGCGCAGAAAGAAACGACCUGCGCGGGAUGGCAAGCUGCGCAUGCGCGUUGGUGCACCUAUUAUAAGCGACCCUGCAGCUAUGGAGAGCCGCGUCGCAGGUCUUGCGUGCGUGGACCUGCCCAGGCAGGACGCGGGCGACGAUGUCGCUUCAUCCCUACGCGAUGCCCACGUGGCUCCUCGACAUCGCAGCCUCUCCAGACAUGCUCACUCUCAGGGCGAAGAUUCCUCUUCAUUGACAUCGGACCAAUCACAAAACUCUACUCCACUUUUCCGUUCACGGCGCCGUAAAAAGUUUUUGCCAAGCCACGACGAAACGAGUGGUCACGGUAACCUGAGUGACGUGAGUGGCAAGAGUGGCGGUCACGACGGCAGCUCCAGGAGUGGCGAGAGUGGUACUGCGUUCAGCGACUCUGAGUGCUCGUUGCCGACCAACAGAAGUGGUGACCACAGGCUUACGCAGGAUCAGAACAAGCUGCGAGCUCAGCUGUCAGCUGAAGGUGCCCUAGAGAGCAGACAGGAGCAUCUGCCUCUCCAGCACUCCAGUUCUAUCAACGUCCCGUUUGGGCUGGCUAACCCUCCGCCCACCAAACAACAAAUGCUCAUCAAUAAUAGAAACAAGAGCAUGAGCUGCUCGCCGCUGCCUCCAGCGAGCUCUGGGGACGAAGAGCGUCAUUCCAUAUACGACAACGUGCCCAUCAUCAUCUGCAAUAAGAGCUACCAUGAAUACCAGCCUGACGUCACCAUGCACUCAGGUUUGAAAAGUGCAAGAGAAGGUUCAGGCAGCAGCGAGGGCUUCCCUGCUGACAGUCGCGACUCUCUCUCACCGGCCGACCACGAGCUUGCCUUCGUCGUCUCCGCGGCACAGCAUCUCGACGUGCUGCAACCCAAGAGAAGAAACACUGUGGACCGUUGGCACAGCUUCAACAGCGGCAGCCGACGUUCGACAUACUCCUGCGACAAGGGCAUGCCCAUCUCGCACUUUAGUGCCGGACAACUGCUCAUACUUAAGAAACGAGCCUUGUUGAGGUUGACUGCCCUCAUGGAACACCACUGCCCCUCUCGUCCGUCAUGGAACUGGGAGCUUCCCAAGUUCAUGUUAAAGAGGCUCAGGCCUUCCGACGCCAAGACUUCUCCUGCAGUCUUCGGUGUGAGCCUUCACGUCACUCAACGUAAAACGGGCUACCCGCUGCCGCCGGUCAUCAUGGAAGCUCUCAGCUACCUGCACAAGUCAUGUUCUGACCAGGUGGGACUUUUCCGCAAACCCGGCGUGCGCUCCCGUAUACAAAAACUUAGAGAGCUAAUUGACCAAGGGGAGACGGUGGACUUUACGACCUACGGUGCUUACGACGUCGCAGACAUGGUCAAGACCUACUUCAGAGAGCUCCCUGAAGUUCUCCUCACCAACAAAAUCUCUGAACUUUUCCUCGCUAUUUUUCAUUAUCUCCCAGAAGCUGAUCGCUUGGAGGCGGUACAGUGCGGGCUCUUGAUGAUGCCUGAUGAGAACAGAGAAGCCCUCAUGACGCUUCUGACUUUCCUGGCCAAAAUAGCAGAUAAUUCAAGCCUUAAUCAGAUGACGGCUAGUAAUCUGGCUGUGUGUCUUGCACCUUCGCUGUUCCAUUUAUGUAUUGGUGGAGUUGGUGCAAGUCCGCUGAGAAGAAAGAACACGAGCGGAACGCCCGAGCAGAAAGACUUGAACGACAAUAAAGCCGCGCACGUGUGUCUCCAAGCCAUGAUACAGCAGGUUUCAGAAAUUGACUUCGUCAGGGCGGAGACAUUAAGUAAAAUAUCCUUCACUUACCUGGAAAAUAGCCAGCCUCUGCAUGUGGAAGAUUUAGGCCUGUCUUCCACUUAUCCAUCGCACCACACCACCACGGAGGACGGGCAAGAGACGGGAGAUAAGACCGCCGUGACACAACACAGCUCAGACUGGGCCGCGUAUAUGGACUCUUGUAUAGCGGCGCUUGUUAAGGAAGUCAAGGAAAAGAAUCGUGGAUACGUGUCAAUUAUGUCUCCCGACCCCGACGUUGAGGUGAUAUAUAGGAAGGUGGGCGAUGGUCACCCCUUGAGGUUAUGGAAAGUCACCACUGAAGUAGAGGCACCUCCCGCUGAACUGCUCACCAGAGUUCUGCGCGAAAGGCACGUGUGGGACGACAGUCUGGUGAGAUGGAGAGUCAUCGCAAGACUCGACCAUCAGUCGGACGUGCUGCAGUUCAUAACAAAGUCCAUGCCACCAAAGCCACACAAUGAUUUCUGCGUGCUAAGAUGUUGGCGCAGUGACAUGGGCCGCGUAGGGGGAGCCUGCGCUCUGGUGGAGACCUCAGUGGAGCAUCCAGACGCCCGCCUCGUGGACGGCUGCACGCGCGGCGUGGUGCUCGUGUCGCGCUACUUCAUCCAGCCCUGCGGCAGCGGCAAGUCCAGAGUCACGCACGUGUCCAGGAUUGAUCUCAGAGGAAGGUCCCCUGAAUGGUACAACAAAUCGUACGGCGCUCUCGCAGCGAGAAAAAUCGCUCGUUUGCGCGACAGCUUCAAGCAUUUCGCUGAGGGGCCUGAGAGCAAAGUUUAGCACCGGUUUACCGAUCGCUGAGUUUAAGAACAACAUUCCUGUGUGCCAGAAAAUAUAUAUUUUUAACGCAAUGCCAGUGUUCAAUCAAUCAUGUCUAUCGUAAGCCUUGGCUACGAGUAAUUUUGAAGAAUUUAAAACAAAUUUCGGGAUCAAAUAAUAUACUUGAGUUACCUGAAGCGUGCCAUCAUAUUGCGUAACUUUUCUUUGCCUGCGUCUGAAAUUUUUUUCUGCAUAAUUAUAAUGUACCAUGCGGAUUUUGUCAUAACUUGUGAAAAGGAAUGGAGUGGGAUUUGACAGUCCAUUUAUCAUUGCAGUGUGAACGUUCUUUUACCAUAACUAAAAUACUAGGGAUUUUAGUAUUGAGUGUGCAAUGAGACACGAUAUUUGCGUUUGAACUACCGGUACUUACAAAACUCGACGCUCCACAAGCGGUUAUGUUCGUUCUAAGAAUAGCCAGCUUAAAUUGCACACAACCGACAAAAAACUAUUUUUGUGAUGCUUAGUGUCUGCUCAUUCUCAUAAAAACACUGGCUUCACAUUCAAUUUUCUACUCCGUGCUGAAAAUCAAGAAUUUCAGAAAAAAUCAGUAUGACCUAGAAACGUGAGACGAGCGUUUCAGUGCAGAUCUACUUCAGCGUUAUCAAGAUAUUAGUUGUGAUUGAGCAAAGCAUUAGUUGCAGGCCUUCCAGAUGCUGCCAAUCUAUCCUUUAUUGUAUCACUUUGUUCUCCUUAUUUUAUUCAUGUUCAUGCUUGUAAAACGUCAAUUGAAUCCAUUCCAGAGUUGGCCUAUUUACUGUAGAUUCCUGAAGUCUUUCUUAAUCUGGCUUACAGUUUACAAUUUGAAUUUUUCCCCUACUUGAGACUCAUGAAUUGCCGUGAUUAUGUCUAUAUAUGGAUGAAUCCUUUGUGGUUGCGUCUUAGAAACGACUGUGCAUUUCUUGCCCCAGAGCUGUUCCGUUGCAGCUUCGCUAGUCAGCAUUUAAUUAAUAAGAUAAACGUUUGUUUUAUGGUAUAAAACUUUUAAGAAAACCUGUGAACUUGUAAAUCACUGGAGAAAUACAGUGUACAGAUAACUAGUGUGUACGUCUUUAUAGAUUAGAAGUUGUUACGAACCUGCGUGAGGAGCGAGAUUUCGUCUCGCAUCGAUUUCUAAAUGAUGUUAUCGCGUACGAAAGUGGUUGACAUAUUCGACUCGUGUCUUCAGCGAGAUCGCGUGUUUGCGUAGCUCAUCUUUAAAAUUGUCCGUAAAUUCAUCAGCAAAAAGUUAAGGUCAGCAAGAACUUAGUGUUCAAUUUAAACAUGGAGGUUUCAUGUGCAUCAGUUCAUCUAUUGCUGACAAUAUUGUUGUGCGUCUUACGAUGCAUGUACUGGGCAGACCCCAAUAGAGUAUCGACUGUUGUUGCAUCUCAUGAGAUGACACUUUCAUAACCUUAGUCGAGUUCUUUGCUCCUGCAAUCUGUGUGUCUUCCCUUUAUAUCAAAAGUAAUGAUGUUUAUAUUUCUACUUGAUGUCGCGUAGUAAAUGACGUGUUAGUAACAUGCGUACAUUUAUUACUCUUUUGAUCGACUGGACCCAGACCCUUGAUUACCGCUUACGUUGAUGUUUAAUAUCACCGAAAAGAAUAACUUUCAUGUUGUCAGACCAUACAAACAAUUGCUGUGUAAUUGUAUUAAACUUAUCAGAAUAAUACUUACAUUCCACGAGCAUUUUGUAAAGUUGAAUGACAUCUGUUGGCGUGAGCAUCGUUAGGUUAGAGUCAAAAAUGCAUGGAAAAGUUUUUUAUUUACGAAAUCCAUUGAACUAUUCAGUGUUAGGGUUUCCGACAGACGAAAGACCAAUCAUUUAGAACUGAUGUUAUUUCAUUUUAAAAGCGUUGAACAACAAUGCUCUAUUCUAUGCAUGUGGUUCGUCAAUUAAAGAAAUAGCGCUUUGGUGCUCAAAGUAAAUGUUUAUCAAUAGUUUAUGGAAGAAUUGAACCAUUUCAAUACUGGUUAAUAGCAAGUUGCUUUUUGGACCAAGAUUUGCUAUGUAGUUGUUCCACGCGGGUGAUUUGGCUAAAAGUGAGCUUGGAAUUUGUGCAUCAUGUUUGUUGUGAAAAGAAUUAUUAGACAGAACAUUGCCAGUGUAUUUUGUAUGAUGUCUACAUUCCUAGUCUCAAUUUUGGGUAAUUUUUACCUCGAUAGUAAUAGAUAUAUCUGUGUAAAUACCAUUUUAUUUUUGUUACAUACUUCUUACAAUUUCAUCACUUUAUCGUUACUGUUGUAUGACCAGAUUUAGGAUAUCUACUGAAUUGUUUGAUUAUUGAAAAAAAAAAUUAAAUUUGGUACCUUGGUAUAUUUGAUUAGUCUAUGCUGUCAAGAAAUAUGCUCAUUAACUGAGCAUUAGUAAAAGCUCUAUCACUUAUGAAUGUCACCUUAGUCCAGACCUGAUCCUUUUACUGAAAUUACCAUAUUGGCUAUUUAUUUCAUUUUUCGCUAACUCACCUUGCUGCUAUAUUUUUUGAAUAUAUUGAACGGAUUUUAGUUUUUUUGUCUGUUCGUGAUUCGACCAACUCUUCUCCGCAAUACAUAAUCUUCAUACCUAA